AGCCACUGCUGAGCCGGGCACACGCCCUAAGUGGACCUGGUGGGCUGAAGCGGCGGUCCCCAGGCCAGCAUCGGGGCAGGGACAGUCCAGAGGAAGCUCCGCAGGACACUCAGAGCCAGGAGUUUGCAGCCCUGGAGACAGAUGACCUGGGUCUCCAGCCGCGUUGGUUAGUCCCAGCGGUGGGGACAGACGGGGCAGCAACAGAGCGCAGCCCGAAUUCAGCGAUGCCCAAUUCGUUCGCCAGCUCAGCAGCUAGGGGUACACAGAAAACCACUUACCCGCCUCGGCAGAGAAUCAAAACCUGCCCUGCCACCUCAAAGUUCUACGCGGGAGCGGGCGGACCAGCCUCCUCCGACUUGAUAGGCUCCACCUUUCUGCGGGCGCCUCCUCCCGCCUGAAGGGCGGACCUCAGAAUCACGCCGUCGCGCUGCGCAGUAAGUUUUGACCGCUUCAGGCCACCGUCGCGGCAAGAUGGCCGCGCCCAGCGAGAGGCGAGGCGUGCGCCGCGGCGGAGAGACCUGACUGGGAGCGCCGAGCCCAUGGACCCCAGCGCAGCGUUCCGCAGAUGGAAGGCGCAGAGCCUGAGCAAAGCGGACCUCAGCCGGAAGGGCAGCGUGGACGAGGACGCGGCGGAGGUCGUGCGGCUGCUGAACUCGCGCGAGCGGUUCUUCACCACCAGCUCCUGCGCGGGCCGCAUCGUCCUCGUGGACGGGAGCUCAGGUGGUUUUGAAGUUCAGAAACAAAAUUGUUCUUGGCUACUAGUCACACACAAACCUUGUGGAAAAAAUGAUAUGAUGGUGGCGCUGGAGAAAGCCAGUGGGGAUGCUGUUUUAAAAUUUGAACCAUUUGUUCUCCACGUGCAAUGUCGGCAGCUGCAGGAUGCGCAGACUCUGCAUUCUGUGGCAAUUGAUUCUGGCUUCAGGAACUCUGGCAUCACAGUGGGAAGGCGAGGGAAGAUUAUGCUGGAAGUCCAGUCCUCACUGCAUCUGCUGACCACGGGAGGUCCAUCCUCACUGUGUAUGCUGACCACAGGAAGUCCAGUCCUCGCUGCAUCUGCUCAACAUGAGAAGUUCAGUCCCCACUGCAUCUGCUGACCACAGGAAGCCCAGUCCUCACUGCAUCUGCUCACCACGGGAAGUUCAUUCCUCACUGCACCUGCUCAUCAUGGGAAGUUCAGUCCUCACUGCAUCUGUUCAUCAUAGGAAGAUCAGUCCUCACUGCAUCUGCUCACCAUGGGAAGUUCAGUCCUCACUGCAUCUGCUCAUCAUAGGAAGAUCAGUCCUCACUGCAUCUGCUCAUCAUGUGAAGUUCAGUCCUCACUGCAUCUGCUCAUCAUGGGAAGAUCAGUCCUCACUGCAUCUGCUCAUCAUAGGAAGAUCAGUCCUCACUGCAUCUGCUCAUCACAUGAAGUUCAGUCCUCACUGCAUCUGCUCAUCAUGGGAAGAUCAGUCCUCACUGCAUCUGCUCAUCAUAGGAAGAUCAGUCCUCACUGCAUCUGCUCAUCAUGGGAAGUUCAAUCCUCACUGCAUCUGCUGACCACAGGAGGUCCAGUUCUCACUGCGUUUGCUGACCACAGGGAGUUUGGUCCUCAUUGCAUCUGCUGACCAUGGGAAGUUCAGUCCUCACUGCAUCAGCUGACCAUAAGAAGUUCAGUCUUCACUACGUGUACUGACCACGGGAAGUUUGGUCCUCACUAAGUCUGCUGACCACGGGAAAUUCAGUCCUUGCUGCAUCUACUGACCAUGGAAGUUUGGUCUUCACUGUGUCUCUGACCAUGGAAGUCCAGUCUUCACUGCAUCUGCUGACCUUGGAAGUGCAGUCCUCACUGCAUCUGCUGACCAUGGAAGUUCGGUCUUCACUGUGUCUGCUGACUACGGGAAGCAGAUACUUCCUCACCAUCAUCACCUCUGGCCUUAUAUGCACUUAAUCACAGUCACACUAUGAUUUCUUCCUGUGCACCUGACGCCACCUCUAGGCCUCCUCCACAGCCCCUGCUUCUGCCUUUAUCAACCUCCCCUGCUUCCACAACUGUCUCCCAACAGCUCUUCCUCUUGGGGCUUCUUGUGCAGUCAGAACUCCCCUUUCCAAGAGUCAGGGUCUCAAAGAUGUCUCCUGCUAUUCAAGACUUCACCCAAACCUUUGCAUACAUCUAUAUAAGUGUGAUCUAGUCAUGAAGAUACUGGUCUGUUCCCAAAUACGCCUUGCCAUUCUGUGUCUGUGUAUACCCACAUUUUACCCCUCUGUCUGAAAUGCCUCUCCUUGCUUUCUCCCCUGGGGAAAUUGCACUUGAACAUUCUUUCUCAAACAGGGCCUUUUCCCAAAGAGCUGUGUCCUGAGUCUUCACCAGCUGUUCCUCAUCCACAUUUUAGCAUUGCCAAUGUGCACGUUUCUUGUCAUAAUGCCCAGAUGGUGUCACAGGUUUUUUGUUCAUGUGUUAAUUUCCCAUUCUAAAGUGGGAGUUCUUUAUGGCAAAGCCAUGUUGUUUUUCUCUUGGGUCAUCCGCACUUUCCAGGCAUCUUGAAUAUUCAGAUACUCAUUGAAGAUCCAGUGAAUGAGUUUUUAUUCUUUGAUAAGAUUUUGGGUAGUGUUUGCUGCUGCUUCCUGAACCUCUCCCAGCAUCUGGCUGGGCUGGGAGUGCGUUGACGAUCUCAUCGGCAGGGUCACUGCCUGGGGCAUUAAGGUGGCAGCCUGUGGCUGGUAGAGGAAGCAGGGCUUACUCCUACAACCAUCCUCAGCCCAGCAGCGCCAUGGACAAAGGCUGAUUCACUCCUGCGGCUUUGGUUGAUGUUUCACUUAUUUCUCUUCCUUAAAUUGUACUUAAGCAUUCUAAGCCACAGUGACAUUGAAACUGUAAAACAUUAUUGAAUUCCCUGAUAGUACCCGCUGCUGAAAAACAGUGUGUUGAAUGCCUUUCUUCAGAAGUAACCGUAUAUCAUGGCAAACUAUUCAAUUCCCUUGGACUCAGCUGAUUCAGCUAAAUUAUAUCAAAUCGUGGGCUUACGUUCUGUAAUGGAAUGAAAUUAUGUGCAAUCCACAUAACUGGGAUGUCUCUUGUGUUGUCUUCUGUGACUCUGGUAUACAAAUCUUCACAUCUACACGGUUUC